CCACUCUUCCUUCCAAACUCCGCCCUCUCCGCUGCUGCACCCCGCCCCACCAUCUCGGCCCCGCCCCCAAGGCCUGGCCACGCCCCGGCCACAGCCCUGCUCCUGGCUACGCUCCUCCCUGAUUUUGGUUUCUCGCCGCCGCGCUCCGCCCCGCUUGGCAGGCCCCGCCCCCUCCUGGCCCCGCCCCCUCCUGGCACCCAGCAGGCUCUCAGCCCUCAGCCGGCCGCGGGCAUCAUGGGCACGGCCUCGUCGCUGGUGAGUCCCGCCGGCGGGGAGGUGAUCGAGGACACGUACGGGGCAGGCGGCGGCGAGGCCUGCGAGAUCCCGGUGGAAGUGAAGCCCAAGGCCCGCCUGCUGCGCAGCUCUUUCCGCAGGGGCGCGGGAGCCGGGCCCGGGUCGCUGCCUCGCGCCGCAGGGGGCGGCGGGCUGCUGGGCGCCAGCUUCAAGUCCACCGGCUCGUCUGUGCCCGAGUUAGAGUAUGCGGCGGCCGAGUUCGAGCGGCUCAAGAAAGAGUAUGAGAUCUUCCGGGUCAGCAAGAACCAGGAGUUACUGUCCAUGGGCCGCCGAGAGGCCAAGCUGGACACCGAGAACAAGCGGCUGCGGGCGGAGCUGCAGGCUCUUCAGAAAACUUACCAGAAGAUACUUCGGGAAAAAGAGGGUGCAUUAGAAGCAAAAUACCAAGCCAUGGAGAGAGCGGUCACAUUUGAACACGACAGAGACAGGGUUAAAAGGCAAUUCAAGAUUUUUAGGGAGACCAAAGAAAAUGAAAUUCAGGACUUACUGAGGGCCAAGAGAGAGUUGGAGAGCAAACUUCAGAGGCUGCAGGCUCAGGGGAUCCAAGUGUUCGACCCCGGGGAGUCUGACUCGGAUGACAACUGCACAGAUGUCACUGCUGCGGGAACGCAAUGUGAAUACUGGGCCAGCAGAGCCCUGGGCAGCGAGCAUUCCAUAGGCAGCAUGGUCCAGCUCCAGCAGUCCUUCAGAGGCCCCGAGUUUGCCCACAGUUCUAUAGAUGUGGAAGGACCCUUUGCGAACAUCAACCGAGAUGACUGGGAUGCUGCUGUGGCUGGUUUAUUACAGGCCACACCCUUGUUCUCACAUUCCCUGUGGAGUCACCCUGUCAGGUGUUACCUCAUCUACACAGACGAAACCCAGCCGGAAAUGGAACUGUUCCUUAAGGACCAUUCACCUAAACUUAAAAGAAUGUGUGAGACACUGGGAUAUUUCUUCCUCGCUGUUUAUUUUCCAAUAGAUGUUGAAAAUCAGUACCUUACUGUAAGAAAAUGGGAAAUUGAGAAGAGUUCUUUAGUUAUUUUAUUCCUUCACUCAACAUUACCCAGUUUUUUACUGGAAGACUGUGAAGAAGCCUUCCUGCAAAACCCAGAAGGAAAACCAGGAUUAAUCUACCACCGUUCGGAGGACGGGAAAGCCACUUGCGACUCUGUCCAGCAGUUCCUGGAUCAAGUUUCCAACCUAGGCAAGACCACUAAAGCCAAGAUCAUCGAACACUCGGGAGAUCCUGCGGAGGGCGUGCAUAAGAUUUAUAUGGGUGUGGAAAAGAUUAUUAAACAGGACAUCCUUGGCCUUGAGAACACAGACGUGGAGGAGAAAGAUGGGGGCAGUGAGGAUUCCACUCCAGAAGAAGAUGAUUUUGGGGAUGUUCUGUGGGACAUACACGAUGAGCAAGAACAGAUGGAAGCCUUUCAGCAGGCUUCCAGCUCCGCCCAUGAACUGGGAUUCGAGAAGUAUUACCAGCGCCUGGAUGAUCUGGUGGUGGCGCCGGCCCCGAUCCCACCCCUCCUGGUUUCUGGAGGACCAGGUUCUGGAAAGUCCCUUCUUUUAUCAAAAUGGAUUCAGCUGCAGCAGAAGCAUUUCCCGAACACCCUGAUCCUGUCUCAUUUUGUGGGGAGGCCAAUGUCAACCAGCUCGGAGUCCUCCUUGAUCAUCAAGCGGCUGACCCUGAAGCUGAUGCGGCACUUCUGGGCAGUUUCUGCUCUGACACUGGACCCUGCGAAGCUUCUGGAGGAAUUUCCACGUUGGCUGGAGAAGCUCUCUGCCCGGCACCAGGGCAGCAUCCUUAUCGUCAUCGAUUCCAUAGAUCAAGUUCAGCAAGUGGAGAAGCACAUGAAGUGGCUGAUCGACCCCCUGCCGGUGAAUGUCAGAGUCAUUGUUUCUGUGAACGUGGAGACCUGCCCCACAGCAUGGAGGCUGUGGCCUACUCUACAUCUCGAUCCUUUAAGCCCCAAGGACGCCAUAUCUAUAAUAACCGCAGAAUGCCACUCCGUGGACAUGCUGUUAAGCAGAGAGCAGGAGAAGAUGCUGGAACAGCACUGCCGUCCAGCCACAACACGCCAUGCCCUCUAUGUCACCCUUUUCAGCAAGAUGAUGGCCUGUGCCGGGAGAGGCGGCAACGUAGCUGAGACCCUCCGUCAGUGCCUGCAGUGUCAGGACACCGUGUCACUGUACAAACUCGUUCUCCACCAUGUCCGGGAGUCCAUGCCAAGUGACAGGGAUAAAGAGUGGAUGACACAGAUUCUCUGCCUCAUCAAUGUUAGUCACAAUGGCGUGAGUGAGUCGGAGCUGAUGGAGCUGUAUCCAGAGAUGUCCUGGCCCUCUCUGACCUCCAUCGUUCACAGUUUACACAAAAUGCACCUGCUGACUUACAGCUGUGGCCUGCUCAGGUUUCAGCAUCUACAGGCCCAGGAAACAGUGGAGCUGCAGUACCUGGAGGACCCCGCCCUCGUUUCUUCGUAUAGGCAAAAGCUCAUUAACUACUUUACCUCACAGCUCAGUCAGGACAGAGUGACCUGGAGAAGCGCAGACGAGCUCCCAUGGCUCUUCCAGCAGCAGGGAAGCAAACAGAAGCUGCACAGCUGCCUCCUCAAUCUCUUCGUGUCUCAGAACCUUUACAAAAGAGGACACUUCGCCGAGUUACUGAGUUACUGGCAGUUUGUAGGCAAAGACAAAGGUGCCAUGGCGACCGAGUACUUUGAGUCACUGAAGCAGUACGAGAAUGGCGAAGGCGAGGAAAACAUGCUGUGCCUAGCCGACCUGUAUGAAACCCUCGGCCGGUUUCUGAAGGACCUGGGACUUCUCAGUCAGGCCGUGGUGCCUUUGCAGAGGUCCCUAGAAAUUCGGGAGACAGCCUUAGAUCCCGAUCACCCGAGAGUAGCCCAGUCCCUCCACCAGCUGGCCGGUGUGUACGUGCAGUGGAAGAAGUUCGGGGAUGCGGAGCAGCUGUAUAAACAGGCCUUGGAGAUCUCAGAAAACGCUUACGGUGCAGACCAUCCGCACGCUGCUCGGGAACUGGAGGCGCUCGCGACUCUGUACCACAAACAGAAUAAGUAUGAACAAGCUGAACAUUUUAGGAAAAAAUCGGUUAUAAUUCGUCAGCAAGCCACAAGGCGAAAAGGCAGCCUGUAUGGAUUUGCCCUACUACGCAGGCGGGCUCUGCAGUUGGAAGAGCUCACCUUGGGCAAGGACAAGCCUGAGAACGCCCGCACCCUCAAUGAGCUGGGUGUCCUCUACUUCCUUCAAAACAACCUGGAGACAGCAGAGCAGUUUCUGAAGCGUUCCUUGGAAAUGAGGGAGCGGGUUCUGGGGCCGGAUCAUCCAGACUGCGCACAGUCCCUGAAUAACCUGGCAGCUCUUUGCAAUGAGAAGAAGCAGUACGAGAAAGCAGAGGAGCUGUACGAGCGCGCCCUGGACAUCCGGAGGCGCGCACUGGCUCCGGACCACCCUUCCCUGGCCUACACCGUGAAGCAUCUUGCAAUCUUGUAUAAGAAAACGGGAAGAGUUGACAAAGCUGUACCUCUGUAUGAAUUGGCUGUUGAAAUUCGGCAGAAAUCCUUUGGCCCAAAGCACCCCAGUGUAGCUACUGCCUUGGUAAACUUGGCAGUCCUUCAUAGCCAAAUGAAAAAGCACAGUGAGGCCCUGCCACUAUAUGAAAGAGCAUUAAAGAUUUAUGAAGAUAGCUUGGGGCGAAUGCAUCCUCGAGUUGGAGAAACAUUAAAAAAUUUAGCUGUGCUCAGCUAUGAAGAAGGGAAUUUUGAGAAGGCUGCUGAACUGUACAAAAGGGCAAUGGAAAUAAAAGAAGCAGAGACAUCACUUUUGGGUGGAAAAGCUCCUUCAAGGCAGUCAUCAAGUGGAGACACAUUUCUCUUUAAAAACAACUCAUUCCCCUAACGUUUUCCUUCCCCAAGGGCAAAGCUAACUGUCAAUUCUUUGCAAGAAUACUUCAGGAUAAAACAGCUAAACAUCUGGAAUAUUCUAACUUGAUGUUUUUAAAGAAAAUCUUUCUUUUCCAUCUUAGUGUUAUUUAGCUGGCAUUUGUAUGAAGUUGUAUUGGAUUACACUUAAUUGUUGUGUCAGGUUUAAAUUGAUUUCCUAUGAGAUGAGACCCAGGAGGAAGACAUAAGCACUCACUGGCAUGAGGAGCGGCUUGGUCUCUGGAACAAGAGCUGGCAGGUUCCCAUGGUUUAAGAAAUCCACAGUUCUUUCUCUCCCUCAAGAGCUAGCAGGGAAAAAAUAAAGAAAAAAAAAAAAAAAAGAGCUAGCAGGGCUCUGAGCCAGUUCUCUACCUCAAAGAACUUUCAAGGGCAAAAGGGAUGUUUAUAAAAAGUCUGAACAGUCUAAAGUGAGACGAACUAGAUAGGAACUCUUGUUUGUUUUCCUUUUUCUUGUUUGUGUGUGAGGAUGUGCACACACACACACAUGCAUGCAUGUACACAUGGGGGUCAGAGGUCAACCUUGGGUAUCAUUCCUCAGCACUGUCUACCUUGACUUUUUUAUUUUUUUUAUUUUUUAUUUUCUUUUGAGACAGGGUCUCAGUGACCUAGUGUUCUUUUAACUAGUCUGACUAGCAGUCCACAUCCUAGUGACCCAUACCCCUGCCUCUAUCUCCAUCUCUACCCCAAGUUCUCUAAAGUGGGUUCUGGGGGUUGAACUUGGGUCCUUAUGCUCACAUGGAAGACACUUUCACAAACUGAGCUAUCACCCUAGCCUCUUACCACAUUGUGAAUCUCUGUAACUCAGGGCGACCAUGAACUCUUGAUCACCCCUCCGGAGUACUGGGACCACAGGGGCAUGCCACCACAGCUACCUUUGCUUUUGAGUCUUCCUCUUCCCUAAGUCGAUUGUCUUAGUCAGGGUUUCUAUUCCUGCACAAACAUGACCAGGAAGCAGUUGGGGAGGAAAGGGUUUA